UAAUUGAAGUGACAGCUGCCCUGCCGUUCUUCAUUUCCCAUGUUGUAAAGUUAAAUUAAUUAAGUACAAAAUACGAAAAGCCAUAGUUUAUCAAAGAAAAUGACGUUGUAUCAUUUUGGAAAUUGUGUUGCACUGUUAAUGCCAUAUUACUUCACCUAUAAAUACUCUGGCCUGUCGGAAUAUGGCGCAUUUUGGAAGUGCAUACAAGCAGGCGGCAUUUAUAUAUUUACACAACUCUGUAAAAUGCUCGUAUUAGCCACAUUCUUUUACUCUGAUACGGCAACUUCGAGUACCGGAGAAUUUAACUUCUUUACGGAAUUUUUCCGAUGCAGCGUGGAUAUAGCAGAUCUGCUUGGAUUUGCCUUGAUACUCAGUCGCAUACCCGGUAAAGGCCAUUCAAAACUGAUAACCGCUGGACUGGGAUGGGCAACCGCUGAGGUAAUUUUAUCGCGUGGCAUUAUGCUUUGGGUUGGUGCCCGUGGCACCGAAUUCAGUUGGAUCUAUAUACUUAAGUGUUUAGAGUCGAAUGUCUUGCUGGUACAGCAUAUCACGACAGCCACAUUGAUUUGGCUCUUCACCCGCCACGAUCUCAAUAAGUCCUACAAGCCUGUGGUUAAUCUACUGCUAGCCAUCACAGUAUUCAAAGGUGUUUGGCUGGAAGGUCUUUUGCAUAUCCUUACUAUCGGUCCAUGGUUAACAAUUGCCGUUAAGGCUUUGGUUGCAGCCGUUAUUGGUAAUAUCACAUUACACAUCUACUCGGGUCUGGCCCAACAGAUUGGCAUUUAAGUUGAAAGUGAAGGCAAUAAUAUACAUAUAUGUAUUUAGUGUUUUCUUUUAUUUUUAUUUUUUUCUUUUCGUUUGUUUUACUUUUUGAUUUGACAUCUGAGAAAUAUGGUUUAGAAAGGAAUGUUAAUGGAUUAUAACUAAUAGAUAUAAAGUAAUAAUAUUAAAUGUGUUUAAAGCCAAUAAAAAGACUUGAGAGAAUACAAAA